AUGACUACACACAAUGUAGUGAAACCCUAUGAAUGUCAGGAGUGUGGCAAAGGCUUCAAGCAUCACUCAGACCUCCAAAUACAUUUGAGGAUACACACUGGAGAAAGACCCUAUGAAUGUAAGGAAUGUGGGAAAUCUUUCCGGACUCAUCAUCAUAUUAAACGUCACAUGAUCAGUCACAGUACAGUGAAUCCCUAUGAAUGUAAGCAGUGUGGCAGAGCCUUCCGGGAUCACACAGUCUUGCGAGUUCAUACGCGGACACACACUGGGGAAAGACCAUAUGAAUGUCAGCAAUGUGGGAAAGCGUUUAGACAUCGUGGAAAUCUGUGGGAACAUGUGACGACACACACUGGGGAGAAACCCUACAAAUGUCAGGAAUGUGGGAAAACCUUCAGGUAUAACUCAUGUCUGCGAGAACAUGUGAGGAAUCACACCGGGGAGAGACCCUAUAAAUGUCAGCACUGUGGAAAAGCUUUCAUUCGACACCACACCCUUUCACUACAUACUGCGAGAAGACACUCAGGGGAUGGACACUUGGAAUGUAAGGAGUGUGGGGAAACUUUCAGGAAGCACCGAUCUUUUCAAUAUCACAUGACUACACACAAUGUAAUGAAACCCUAUGAAUGUGAGGAGUGUGGCAAAGCCUUCAGGUAUCACGGAGACCUGCAAAUACAUGCGAAGACACACACUGGGGCAAAACCCUGUAAGUGUCAGCACUGUGGGAAAGCCUUCACAUCUCCUUCAAACCUGUGA